ACCGAAUCAAUCUGACAGCAGAGCUCUACGCUGUGAUUGGUGGAUGUUUAGAAUAGCCAUUAUUUAUUACUACAGCUACACCGAGCAACAAAAGUAUUGUUAUCGUCCAAUAGUGAAGUCAGGCAACGCUGGAUCGGUGUUCGCAGUGUGUCCAGGUUACAGGUGAACCACGGUGUAGAAGCAUAUUGCAGAGGAGCCGCUGCUGUCGGAGGGUUCAGGACCAGGUUGAAAACAAACUGUGCACUAAUGGCUGAUACGGAGCCCAAUUUCCCCCCGCUGCCCGGGUUUGUUCCUCUGAAGCCCUGUUUCUAUCAAAACUUUGAGGAGAUUCCUGAACAGCACCGCAGCAUGUGCAGGAAAAUGUACAAACUGUGGAUGUUGAACAGCGCAACCCUUGCAGUAAAUUUUAUUGCUUGCUUUGCUUGGAUGUUUGGUGGCGGUGGAGUCACCAACUUUGGAUUGUCCAUUAUUUGGCUCCUAAUGUUCACUCCUUGCUCCUACGUGUGUUGGUUCAGGCCCAUCUACAAGGCAUUCAAGUCUGACAGCUCCUUCAACUUCAUGCUGUUUUUUUUUGUCUUCAUGGCCCAAGUUGGAAUCAGCAUCAUCCAGAGUAUCGGCAUCCCAGGAUGGGGAGUAUGCGGCUGGUUGGCGACAAUCUCCUUCUUCAGCUAUAACAUUUUCAUUGCAUUAAUCAUGCUGAUCCCUACAAUCAUGUUCACUGCUGUGGCCUCGCUGUCCUUCAUUGCGCUCACCAAGAUCCAUAAUUUCUAUCGUGGUACUGGGGCCAGCAUGUCCAAAGCUCAGGAAGAGUGGGCUACAGGAGCGUGGAAGAACCCUCAUGUCCAGGAAGCAGCCCAGCAGGCCGCCAUGGGGGCUGCUACUGGAGCCAUGCAAGAUCAGUUCUCCAGCCCACAGUACAACCAAAACCAGAUGUAACAUCAUCAAGAUAGGAGACGUCAGAGAUUCAAUGCUAAAAUUUAACAUCAGACCUCAAAACAAUUUUGGGUAUCUGUUUUUUUUUUUAUUUUAUUUUUUACAAACUGCAUUGAAAGUCAUUCCGAUUUCUUGAACUACCUUCAAUGCAAGUAUUUUUUAAUUGAAAUUGAGCAAAAAUAUGUACAUUUUUCUCUUUUAAAUAGGUGAAUAUAAGAGUAACUGUAAUAGCUUAAGAAUUGUGUUCUUAUUUAUAAACCUUUAUUUAUGGAGAUUUAUAUGAACAAAUCUAAAAAAAAG